CUGAGUGACAGCUUAUCUCCAGUUAGACUCUUUGACCUUAAAGAUAUUUAAUUAUUUCAGUGACAAGAAAACACAUGGAUGUUACCAAGUCAGAUUAUAAUCUUGGCGUGAUUGAAAACAAGUUGCUGUCCCCAUGAUGUGCGAGACUGGCCUGCUCUCCUCGGAGUCCUCCAGCCCCACGCAGUAUUAUGGAGAGUCUUCUGAUACCUACUACCAUGUUGACCGUUGGCAGAAACUCCGCACGGCUGUCAGGAAGCUGGAAUUCUGGGAGAACUUCAAUGCUGAGCUGAUCGGUAGCGGCUUCUUCUCCAAGGUGUAUAAGGUGACUCAGAAUGCCACCUGCAAAGUGAUGGUGGUGAAAAUCUACAAGAAUGAUGUGGACCAGGAGGUGAUCGUGCGUGAGAUCAGCCUGCUGCAGAAGCUUUCACACCCAAACAUUGUCAGGUAUCUUGGGAUAUGUGUGAAGGACGACAAGCUGUACCCAAUUUUGGAGUAUGUUAACGGCGGGUGUCUGGAAGAGCUCCUGGCCAGCAAGGAAAUCACUCUCACCUGGAAGGAGAAGGUAGACUUGGCUUCAGACAUCACAAGAGGGAUGAUCUACCUGCACUCCAAGAACAUCUACCACCGGGAUCUCAACUCCAAGAACUGCCUCAUUCGAGUGACACAACGGGGCCGGGAAGCCUUGGUGACUGAUUUUGGCCUGGCCCGGGAAGUGGUGGAGCUACCUGUGAAGGACCCAGAGAGGAAGCUGUCUCUUGUGGGCUCUGCCUUCUGGAUGGCACCUGAAAUGCUGCGAGGGGAGCCCUAUGACAGGAAGGUGGACGUGUUCUCGUUUGGCAUAGUCCUGUGUGAAAUACUGGGCAGAAUUCCAGCUGAUCCUGAAGUGCUGCCCAGGACUCAGGAUUAUGGCUUAGAUGUUGCCGCCUUCCAAGAAAUGAUCAGUGAAUGCCCCAAGCGGGUUGUGGACCUAGCUGCUAGCUGCUGCCGGGUGGAAGCAUUCAAGAGGCCGUCUUUCUCUGAACUCCUGGAUGAGCUGGAAGAUGUAGCAGAGAGCCUGGAGCCCAAAAAGGACAAUCAGCUGUCUGGAUGAUGUCCCAGGCUCUUCUGAGACCUGGCAGAGUCAGACUCAAACUGUAAAUUACUUGUACAUCCAAUAUUUGCAAGGGCAGAAAGAGCAAAGGUGAAAGAGCAAAGCAAUGCAAUGGUAUUUAUUUAACUGCAUUCUCAUUCUCUGGUUUCUCACAUUGAAAAUGUGGUUUAAAAAAAUGCAAAGGGCAGGUUUCCUGGGGUAUUUUUUUUUCUAGCUGAGGUUUUUAACAGAAACAAUUCAGACUUUAAGUAUUUUGUUGUUUUUUUCUUAAAGGAGGAAGUACUAAUUUCUGUUGUAAAUACGGGAGAGAGAUUUCAGGUUGUGACCUUGGAGGGGAUGGUGAAUGCCUAAAUUCCAGUGAGGACAUCUUCUGAAGUCCAUGAAGAGGAGUGGCGUUCUCCCACCUCUUUCCUAACAUCCAGCCCUUGUCUCAUUCUUCCAGCCUCUGGCUCAACUGUCUCUGGAGGCUGUGGGAAAAGGCACUGUUUAACAGAGAGGGGCUGUGUGGCAGAAUAUGAGCCAAGAAAGUCGCCUUACAGCACAAAGCCUUAAAACACCUGUCCAGUAGCCUUGUAAGGAGAAUAUACAUUCCAUUAUGUCUCUGGUCAUGUGUCCUCCUUAAAGCACCAGCAAACAUCCAGCUCUCCUAGUGUUCCCCAGCACUCCUACUGCCUCUGUCAGGGGAUUUUGGGAGGUUUGGGGGACCCCAGCGGGCUGAGGAUGGAGUUAAAUUUGCCUGUUUGUGGGACAUACCACUGCAACAGGGAGAUUUGCCUUAAAACGAUAAGACAUUAACUAACAAACUAAUCUAGACCCUCAGAGACACUCCAUCAGAAGGACUUGUGUGUUAGAUACAUGCCUGAACUGGCAGAGCUGCUCUGCUUGGUACAGGAGUGCUGUAUUAUUAAUUUUUUUUUAUCAGGCAGCUGUCCGGGUUUCUUGCCCUAAGUCUCCUCUCUCUCUCUCUCUCACUUACUCAAUACUCAACUAAUGUGUCUGUCCCAGUCUCCCCCAACCCUCCCCUCCCCAUGCAGACAUAAUAACAAGCACGAGGAUGAGUGUGGUGGAGGUCCCCUGUCAGUGAUAAGUAGGGGCAUGAUGUGGACCAGUCUCACAUCCCAGCCUUUGCUUGGCAGGUAGUACUGACCAUUUCUUCCCAGGAAAGGCCCUACAAGAUUUGUGCUGGGGACAAUGCCCUUUGCACUGAAGUUGUAGUGCAUUAAGCUGUGGGCCUUGAGAUGAGACAGAAGGAGGUUUCUAUCAGAAAUGCAUCUGGUGUUUUUAGUGAGGCUGGCAGCUCUGCUGUCUAUUGGCUUAGGAUCAGCUUCAGACAUGGUUGCCUUGCUGCUUGCAGCACGCUUAUCCUCGGUCCUAGAGCUAAUGCACGCAGGUAGGGCUCCCUCAUGGGCACAGUCAUGCAUCCACUUUGUUUCUGCCUUGCAACAUUUAAAACCCACCACUCCCCUAAGAGGAAACACAAGCAUUAGCAGAUGUGUCCGACCCAGUGCCCUGAGCUCCUUGAGUAGGGGGUUGGACUAGAGACUAACUCUACUUCUCUAGGAUUCUUUGAUUCUGUGAACUCUACCAAUGAAAUCCUGUCAUCAGUCUUGGGCAAGACCCAGCAUCUAAUUGUGAUCUAUAAACUCUUCUGAGGACAAUUCCCAUAACAGGUUCAGUCACAGUUUAUGUACCAGUGUUGUCCGGCAUCCAUAUUGUCCAUGUGAGAGUGACAGGGACAGUGCAGUGCUGGAGACAGCCUGGAUACCUAAGAAAGACGAGCAGCUCUCUGGCUGAUGCCCCAGGCUCUCCUGAGCCCCAGCAGUCAGACUCAUCUGUAAAUUAUCUGUACAUCCAACAUGGUAGAACUGCAGCCCAAUGGCUGCCUGGGUGGGUUCUGUUGAUGCAUUAGUCAGGGUUGAUGGUGCCAUGGCUAAAGUUCAGUGACUUUUCCAUCUGGAGCAGGAAGGUGUCUUUUACUGAAGGAAGGAUUUGCACAGGUUGAACCCUCAAGGCAAUAUGGGGAAGCCCAUGGGAUUGCGGGGCUUAGGGGGUUGAGCAGAGAAUGAUACCUAUGGUCUUUGGUCACUGCUCCUGGGAGGUGGGAGGCUGGGGGCAGUCUUCUAACCUAGCUGUGGCUGUUUCUUUGUCUGCAUAGCAGAGGAUGACCCUGACUCAUUUUGCAGGGCCACUGGGAGGAGUCCUUAAGCCACAGGUGUAAAGUUCUUUGCAAAAACUAAGGGCUAAGUGGUUUAUUUCUCUGUGGGACAGAUACUGCCUAAGGUGGUUAUAAAGCAGUCAUGGAAGCAGUUGGAAGGGGCAGCAUUGGCUGUGGCAGCAGGGAUUCCACACUGGGGAAGGAGAAAGGAGUGAUUAAUUGUUAGCAACUUCAAACAAACUUUCCUGUUGUAAAAAAACUUGUAAAAGAAAGUGACACUUGAUAAAUACAAUCCCUGACUCUGGGUCUGGUUUUGUUCCAAUAGACGGUGAGGUCUUGUUUACCUGCGGCUUCUCACUGGGGCCAGACCCAUAGCUGGUAUCAAUUAGUGUAUUUCCAUAGACAUUAACGGAGCUCUAUUACUUUCAGCUAAUGGAAGCUCUUGCCCACAGACUGAGUUCUCUGGAGCAAGGACGGUCUGUCUGUACAACAAGUAUUUAUACAGUGCUCAGCACAGCGGUGCCUCCGUCCUGUUUGGAACCCUUCGGUGCUGCUCUCAUAUCAUUGACAGAGCAGGAGGUGGGACCAAUACACACACUGCCAUCGUGCACUGUUCCUUAUUCCUUUCACAGGGUUUUUUGACUGUACAUUUGGAAACUGUUUAUAAACCUGUCCUGAUGAGUAUUCCUUUCACUCUGGGUAUUCUGUGGAGUCUUUGAAGCUGGAACACCCUUUAGAGAGAGACUAGUAGGGGCAUGGUGUGGACCAGUCUCACAUCCCAGCCUUUGCACUAGUGACUUUCCACAUCAUGUGAAAUAUAAACCCAUUUGUGAGAAGAAUGAAGUGGAAUCUGUGGAAAGAAGGUCUGUGGUGUCCAGGGACAGAUAUAUCACUGGAAAUGGUUUUGCAUUCUCACUAGGGACUAUAAGGAAUAUGAAGACUGUAUAAAAUACACUUAAUGUAGCAAACAUGCAUCAUAACAGUGAAUUUACUAGUUUAUGUUUCUUGGAAAUCAUUUGUUGCUUCUCUUGUACUGUUGUCAUGCUUCUGUCAUUUGCUGAUGAGCUUAGACACAAGGGACUUCUUGCUCAAGAGUUAAAAUAUGCCUGGGAAGAAUCUCAGUCCCAGCUGGGUUUCUGUGCUGCAAGCUACAAGGCGGAGUCAUGUAGCAGAAAAGCAGCUGGGUGAAAAUUGCUUAAUUAUGCUACCUGGGAGACCAUGGCCAGCUUUGCUGAUGUCCCUCAACUCGCUUCCCACUCUGGAGUCUCCAUAUCAGCAGAGUGGAAUUCGCUGAAGAUUGUAUUUACUGCUUGGCAGUGCAAACAGCAUUGAUAUGCACUGUGUAUCUUCAGCAAGAGCCAGGCACUGCCUGCGUCACAGCAAAGUGCAGGGUAAUAGAAAGUAAAUAACAGGGUUUGCAUUUAACUGUUAAAAGGAAAUGCACAGUGUGAAAGGAACAGGAAAGGAGGAGAACUGCUGAGUUAUCCCCCUUCCCCCUUUGAAUCUGCCAGGCAGCUGGGGAUGCAGCUCUUAACAUGUCUAGGUCCAAGUGUGAUGACUGGAGUGGAACCAAGCCUCAAGGCCCAGCCCUGUAUCAAUGCAUAACUCCCGCUGACAUCAGUGGCAGCUGUUGGCUCAGAAAAGGACACAUGGCUAUGCCACUAUACGCACAGUGUUCAGUAAUGAGGGGCCCCAUCCAAAGCCCCUUGAAGUCAAUGGAUAGCAGUUCUUUUGAUCCCAGUGGGCUUUGCAUCUAGACCAUAGACUGAAUUUAUUACCUUAGCCUAGGCUCUCUCUGUCUCUGCAGGAUCUGAAAUCUGAGGUUCCUCUGUUGUAAGGUUUUUACAACAGUAAAAAUAUGAGGGAUCCAAAUUGGCAUGGACAGCAGAUUCACUGGGUCUGAAGUGGGCAUUUGAGAUGGUAGGGGACAGAACUUCUACUAGGGGCACAGAUUGUUCUAAAAAUCAAAAUCUUUUAAGAGUAAGGUGCUCAGUUCCAGUCUGGAUGGAGUUUGGAGUGCUGUUGACAUGUCACCCCAUGGAGCUCUUGGGUUCUUUGAGGUGCAACGCUAGGACUGAGGCAUCUCUGAGGUAUGAAUACACUCAGCUGUCAGCUCAUCUCUUGAAAGCACUUCUUAGGAGCAUAAAGAAUGGCCACCUUCUUCUACAGCUAGUGAAAGUGCCUGCCUUAGUGCCCACCCCUUGCCCCCAAACCAUGAGGCUGCUUCAAGGAGGAUGGAGCAGUUAUUUCCAACAAGGGCCUGUUCUUCAGGAACUCACUGCAACUCUGUUCCCCCAGCAGUACAGAACAUGGCAAAGAAACCCCACUACAUGAAGACAGAAGGUAGCCUAAAAGUGGCGGGUGGCGGGUGAUAAACACAAGGGCUGAACAUCCACUGGAAACUUUAAAGUGGACCAUAAUUGCUACGUUCAUGAAAACUCUGUCAAACGUCUAAUAAAAAAUCAUUGGCUGCUUUAAGUUAUAUUUCUCUAAACAGCAGCAUUCUCUUUAAAGGGAAUACAGUUUGGGGAAUGAAACGGUUAAGGAAGAUGUUUCAUACAUAGCAGAGGCAUCCAUUAGUACCCUUGACAGAUGGGUGAGAGGAUGCACCUAGGUGUAUGUGUGGAAGUUGGUCACGUUACUCAACCAGUCCUAUAGCCCCGAUUGGAGAGAAAUGGAUGCCAGUCAGGUCCUUUCUAGACACUGGCAGUGGAAUCAUGGCACCACUGAAGUCCAUAGGAGUGUUGCUGUUGUCUUCAACAAACCAAGGAUUUCUUCAUGAGCAUUGAAGGAGCUAAAGAUAGAGAUGAUCCAAAGCAUACCUACUGUUUCUAACCAGCCCUGAAAUGUGAGGAAAGUCUCCUGUUGCUGAGGUCUAGGAUCUGUAUCCAGGUGUCAGGACUUAGAUUCCCUUCCCAAGUUUUGGGGAAAGUCCAGCUGAGUAUUUGAAGUUCACAACUUAAUGCCUGGACUCUGAGAUGCAAAAACCAUGGUGGUAGAAGACCUGAGCAGCUCUGCCAUUGUUGUCAAGGCUGUGCUAUCUCCUCUCAGUCACGGUUAAUCACAGGCUCAGCUCAUCUGUUCCCUACCAGCAGACACCUUCUCCUCGUGCUCUUCUCAUUAAUGCAGUGGAUGCUCUGUUCUGCAGAACCUGUUGAGGGCACAGAUUGCAGUAAUGCACUGGGGCUGACAGGCCUGAGUGUUUGUCAUGUGAUGUGUCUUUUUUGUAAAAAAAAAAAAUGUGACCUGGGAAUAAAGUGCAGCGCUUCUUUCCCACAUCA